CAAAACACGACUCGAUCGUAUCGGCCAGGAAGAUAUAUCAGUGUCGCAGUGUUCGUGGAAAGUGGAGCAUUCAUCUGCCAAAGAAACAAGAAAAAAGAAAAACAGUCAAAUACGUUGCAUUAGUCAGCAGAUCGAGGACUGCUAGUGUACGUGACUUGGCCUUUUCCAGGACUCAAUCGAAAGAAUCCGCUCCUCCGCCGAGCGAUAGGAAUAAGCUCGCCAUGUUGCCGCAUCAUCAGCGCCAUAAAAUGGCGACUUUGGCGGACAGCGCCAUCGGUUUCCUGCUCUUUUCGCUCCUGCUAAUUGGCGCCUGCCUGGUCACGCCCACCGAAGGACGCGCCAAGGAUGACCGGCGCACCAGGGGGCGUGGCAGCAGCAGUGGCGUCCUCUCGUCCUCCUCCAGCAGCAGCAACAACAUGAACAAUGGCUACUACAGUGGCACCUCGUCGACAGCGGGCUCCUCCUCCGGCUAUGUGUUCACCAGCAGUAGUGCGGUGAACUCGGGAAGCACCGGCUACAGCGGACCCAUGGACAGCACUGGAUUCUGCACCCGGCGGCGGGACAUGAAGCUGAUGUGCUACUGUACCCCGGAUGAGAACCACGUGCCAGUGCAGAAGGCCGAGUGCUGGGUGUUCUCGGAGGGAUUGCAUCAGAAUGACACCACCUGGACGCGAUUCUACCAGCAGAAGCGUUUGAGGGAACUGAAGUUUGUGAUCCAAAACAAUGCCCGAUUGGACUAUAUACCGACCAUGAUAAUUGAACCGCUGAAGAACCUGAGUAGCAUUGUGAUUGAAUACUCGCAGGUGGAGAUUGUCAAGAGCUAUGCCUUCGCCAAUCUGCCCUUCUUGGAGAGGAUUAUCCUGAAUAACAACCACAUAAUGGCCCUGGACCAGGAUGCGUUCGCCAAUCACAUCAGGCUGAGGGAGUUGAACCUGGAGCACAACCAAAUCUUCGAGAUGGAUCGCUAUGCAUUCCGUAAUCUGCCACUUUGCGAACGGCUCUUCCUGAAUAACAACAAUAUCAGCACUCUUCACGAGGGUCUUUUCGCUGACAUGGCCAGACUAACCUUCCUGAACCUGGCCCACAACCAGAUCAAUGUGCUGACCAGCGAGAUUUUCCGGGGAUUGGGCAAUCUUAAUGUGCUGAAGCUGACCCGGAACAAUCUGAACUUUAUCGGCGAUACUGUCUUUGCGGAAUUGUGGAGCCUGAGUGAACUGGAACUGGACGAUAAUCGCAUUGAGCGCAUUUCCGAGCGCGCUCUGGAUGGCCUGAAUACACUGAAAACACUGAAUCUGCGCAACAAUCUGCUGAAGAAGAUCGACAAUGGCCUGCUGCGGGGCACCCCCGCCCUGCUGUCCAUCAACGUGCAGGCAAACAAAUUGGAAACGCUGACGUUCUACACAUUCCAGCCAAUUAUGGACAAUUUGGUCAACAGCACCAGCGAGCUGCUCGUGUCAGACAACAAAUUCAUUUGCGACUGUCGUCUGCAGUGGAUCUUCGAAUUGAAAAAUCGCACACGUCACCUGCAGCUGCGUGACUCGCUGGAGGACCUGCACUGCACGCUGCAGGAGCCGAAACUGUCGCACUUUGUGGACCCGGUGCCGCCGACCAUCCUGGACGUGCUCAAUAUCGGGGGAUUCACGGCGAUUGGCAGCAAUAGCGCCAGCAUGGGCGGUGUGGGCAACAGCGUGGUGGGCAGCAGCUACAGCGGCUUGACUCUGGACGACAGCAGGAAGCAUUUGGGCAGCAGAUCCCGACAGGCACUGCGGGGACAGCGGCAGUUCGCCUCGAGUGCGGAGAACGUGGUGGAGUCCAAGAUGCGCAGGAGGAGGAAGCGACAGGAGGAGGUCAAGGAAAAGGACCUGGCGGCAGUGGCUCCGGCUCACAAGCGAUACGACUACUACGACGACAACAACGGAGGCAUGUCCUUGGGUCAUGGCCUAGACCUGGAUGACAAUCUUAGCCUGCACAAGCAGGGAUUCUAUGGAGCCGGUUCUCCCGUAGUGGGUCACAACGAUGUGGAUGUCCUGAUGACAUCGCACUCCGCGUCGGGAGACGCCCUCGACAUUCUGACCACCAAGAACGCAAUCUACAUCAAGUUGUUCCUGCUGAAACCAGAAAUGCUGCCCUGCCACGAUGAACUCAGCGAUCCCACCGAGCUGCCCCUCUCCCGCGAUCUGAUGGAUGUGCGCAGCAAUGUUGGCCAGGACAUGUCCACGGCAGGAGCUAAUUCUUUGGCUCAGAGCAUGACGAUCAUAGUGAGUCUAAUCGCACUGAUGAUCAGCCGGGGUUGAAGACUCACAUCCGGAAAUGGUUGCUGAAUGGUGACCCCUACGUUUGGUUCUACAUUGUACAUACUGUCUUGGAGAUGUGGUGCCCUUGGGAAACGAGCUUCAACACGAUAAUUACGAAAGAUACCAGCUACAGUCCUGUAAAUAUGUAAAAAGGGGUAACAAAAUUCAAUAAAUUUAAUACUAUAAACCUAGCUGAUAGCUGUAAUGAUAGACUCGACUUUUCAACAACUUCAGCAGCAGAUUCAGAUUCAGAUUGAGAUAUAGAAACCGAUACCAAAACCAUUACCGAAACUAUAAGCCCAAAACGAACCCAAAAGAGAACCUCCGAGCAAACUGGCGUUUCAUUUAAAAAGAAAGAUACUCAACCUAUCGCAGGAUGAUGACUACCACUACACUCUACUACAUAGAAUUAGUUUAAACGGUUAGCCAUAGUGACACUUUUGGUUUACUUGAGCAAGGUACAUACUACAGUAAAACUUGGAAAGCGCUAAACGUCUUAGAUGGAGAGACAGAGCUGGCCAAAUCCACUAAAUGAGGCAUGCCUGUAAGAUAAACGCAAACGCAGAACAUGACACAAUCGCUGAAAGUUGCAACGAUAGCCGGUAGUCGAUAGGCAAUAGAGGAUAGCAGAUAGUCGAUAAAUAAUAAUUAAUAAAUGUAAUAGGUAAACGUACAAUUCCCGGCCACCCGCAGUUCUCCCUUAGAGUUUAAGUCUGCUUUUUAGUUGUAAGACUGUUUGCUACCCUACAAUUCUCGCCUGAAUUUCCCCUAAGAAAACCUUGUCCCGGGAAAAUUACACAGCAAACACUUUUCUGCUUUUGUCCUACUUUCGCCGCACCAGAAAUAAAAACCAAAACAUAAAGAAGAAAUAAAAAUGAAUACAUUGCGAAUUUAUAUAACUUAUUUGAAUAGAUUCAAAUUAAAGAAAACAAAGCCAUAAAGAGAUAUAAUAAUAAAAACAAAACAGAAAUAUGCAUAACGAUUUUUGUAGCUUAAGACUGAAUAUAUAAAGGUAAAUUAUGCUAAUAUAUACAAAAUAUUUAUAUGGAAAAUACUGUAUGUUUAAUUAUAUUGUAAUAAAUGCAAGCUGGGGGAAAGGGUAAUGUCAUUUUUAGAAAACCGAAAGAGCCGACGAUUCGUGCAUUCAAAUUAGUAUGGAUGCACAUUACACUUUAUUUGGCAAUUUAUUACGUAUUUAAUUAUGCACAAAACUAUGAUUUACCAAAAAACGAAAAAAACUAACAAAAAAAGCUGUUUAUUAAUGUGUUUAAAAAUUCAUAUACAAAAGAAGCUAAAGUAAGCAAAAACCGAAUGCAAAUUUAUUGUGUAAAAAGGGGGUGAAGUUUUCAUACAGAAAGCCCCGAAAAAAAGAAAGAGCCGGAAAAAUAGAACGCCGAGCAUAAGGAGCAAGCAUAGUUUUAGUGGACAAUCAGCAGAUAAGUGAAGUGAAAGCAAACAGCAGGAAAAUCGGGGAAAAUCCCAAGGAGCUGGGAAGCAGAUGCCCGGAAAAGCGCCAAGGAAAUAAGGGGGCAAGAAUAUUUAAAACACUUGAAACAAGCGAAAUAAUGAAAUAGUCGAGAGCAAAGCAGAAAACACAAAACUAUUUUAAGUAACUGGAUAUAAGCUAAAUGUAUUUAGUGUUUUGAUUACCAACUAAGAACUUGAACACAACAGAGAAAACCAAAAAAAAAUAAAAAUAAAAAAUUAAACCAAAUAAUAAGUGUGAAGAAAAAGUGAAUCUAAGAAAACUUCUAUCUAAGCAGGGCACUAAUUUCAUUAUUGUUGAUACUCAGCCAUUUUACACUCAUUUCAUUUGAUUGUCACGAAGUUACUAUGCUAGAGAUUGUGAAAGGGAUUUUCAGUUGCCUCAAGGAGUUGGGCGAAAUUCGAUUGACUUAGCCACUCUGUCUAGUGCAUUAAAUGCUUGUAAUGAUAAAUUAUUAACGACACGAACACUUAAUUAACACCUAGCCUUAAGAAUUGAGAAAUUUUAACCAAAGAUUUUGUGUUCCUCUUAUCGCCUAAGAAAUGUUUGGUUGUUUUGUUUUCCUGUGCCAUUUGAAAUGAUUUGUAUCUCGUCUAUUUUUUACGGCUAAGCAGCGCAUGGAAGUAGGCAGCGAGUAAAGUAAUUUUUGAAUAUAAACAACUAAUGUAGCUUACUUAAUUAUUUUAACUUAAAUGUACACAGAGCGAACGGACAGCAAGUAAUAUAAUCGAAAUAUAAAUGUAUUUGAUGUAAGAAGUUUGCUUAAUUGAUACCAAAACCGAAAUGUCAACCCCAGCCCACAAACACAGAACCAUGAAUGAAAGGACCUCCAGGGCGUGAGACUUGAAGGGGGCAUGGCGCCACCAAAGAGCCGAAACCAGAACACAUUCCAAUUGCAAUAUUUUGUUUAACUUUUACUUUACUGGGGCCCCGUCUUAAAGUCCUCGAACGCCACUGAGGUCCCGCUCAUGGAAUCCAGAAAACAAUUUUGAAAGAAAAACCAUCUAAAUAUAUUUAAUGUAAAAAAAAUAAA